UUAUUUCGAAAAGCAACACAACCCGGAAAUGAGCGAUGAAGGCGUGUUGACAUAGCAGAAGCAAGUUAACAAGCAAGCGCCUCGUGACAAAAAAAAGAAUAAAUGUUGUAGUCGUUAUCAUUCGUCCUUGAUCGCUGUUUGAUUUGUGGUCAUCCUCUAUUUUUGGACGUAGGACUGGAAAUGUUUUACGGCGCAAACGUACAUAGCUGAGCUAGCCGCAAUUAUUGCUGCUAUUUCGCCGCCCGUGUAAUAUCGCAAUUAGUAUUAUUUUUGGUUUGGAAAUGAGAAGGACGUUAUUGUUGUAUGUUGUCGUGGUGUGCUACCGCUGCUGUUUUUUGGUCAGUGGCACACUCUCGAAAACGGAUCUGAAGAAGUCACAGAAAGCUGAGCUCGACAAUGAGGCAUCCCCAGCAUCAGAGUCCGUGUUGGAGAGACGGCUUGUGGAAACGGGCGUCCACUGGAAGGACGUCGUGAAGGAGGAGAAGAGAUAUUGGGCUCACAUCCAGAAAACCUUUAAAGGAGAAGUGCUUGGUUAUGUUACACCUUGGAAUUCCCACGGGUACGACAUCGCCAAGCUGUUUGGCCCCAAACUGACUUCGGUGUCUCCGGUGUGGCUUCAGCUUCGCCGGCGAGGACUUAAGCGCUUUGAGGUCACGGGGCUCCACGACCAUGAUGCAGGCUGGGUCCAAGCAGUGCGCAAGUCCAACAAAAAAAUCAAGAUUGUGCCCAGGCUGCUAUUUGACGGCUGGUCCUAUCAGGACUACAUGAGCGUGCUGACCAGUGAAGAUGAGAUCGAGGAGCUGGGAAGUGAAUUGGUGCAGGUUGCCAAGUCGGAGGAAUUUGAUGGCUUCACCUUGGAGCUGUGGAGCCAGCUGGCAGGCAACAAAAGAAAGGAACUGGUGCACUUGGUGAUGCACGUGUGUGAAACGCUGAAAGAUAACCAGUUAAAGUGCAUCCUCGUCAUCCCUCCUGCUGUGACGAGCACAGGACAGCCUGGCAUGUUCGACAGGGACGAGUUUGAGCAACUCGCCCCUGUGGUGGACGCCUUCAGCCUCAUGACAUAUGACUACUCCAGUGGUGCCAAAGCGGGCCCGAGUUCCCCCGUGUCCUGGGUGAACGACUGUGUCCUCCAGCUGGCCCCCACCAAGCAGUGGAGGUCCAAGAUUCUGCUUGGACUCAAUUUGUACGGGCUGGACUUUGCGAACCAGCAAACGGAGCCCGUCCUCGGUGGGAGGUACAUUGAGAUUUUGCGGGAACACAAGCCAAAAAUCAUCUGGGAUGAGUACAAUGCUGAGCAUUACUUCUCCUACAAGCGAAGCAAUGGCAUUAAACACGUGGUGUACUACCCAUCAUUAAAGUCAGUGCAAGUUAGGAUCGCUCUAGCGAAAAGACUGGGGACUGGCAUCUCCUUAUGGGAACUGGGACAAGGACUUGACUACUUCUACGACCUCUUUUGAGCCAUGAGCACAUGGAUCUGGUUUCGUGUUCUCAUUUUGUUGCAUUGGAAUUUCAAAUUUCGGUGUGGGUAUAUUUGGCUUGGAAGUGCAAAUAAAUUAAAAAUGAGAUGCAGAGGAGAUUUAAUUGCCCAUUGGAGCAAAGGAAAAGUACCACGGUGUGUUUUCUGUGUAAUUUCUGAAAAUAAAUCAACUGUGAAGUUCA